UUGGUCAAAGGAGAUGACGUCAGAAGUGGAACAAGGGCCAAUGCUUGUUAUGGGGGCACCUCAAACUUUAAUUCACUGUUACAUUUUCUUUAGAAUUGGGUCAGUUGGGCUGCAUCAUGGCUCAAAGGAGCAGGUUCACCCUGUAGUAGGCGCUUGGGCCCCAAGCUAUGUCAGCUAUUUUCUGUUCAUGUCCUGUUCAUGCCCUGUUCAUGAGCUGGGAUGAUUUUCCUUUGUUACUUUGCAGUUCAAAUGCUGUACUUCUGAAGGUCUCCUUUAUUAGACUAGCAAAUGCCAAAGCUCUAAUUCCACUCUUACUAGCUUUAAUUUAUCAUUGCAGAUGCUUUUUUCCUGCAAUCUUUUAACUAAAACUCAUAUUCUUUUGUUCUAUGUAGGUGAAACACAAUAUUAGUGACAGGGGGAGUCAAGCAAUCAUAGAACAAAAAUAUGCCUCCUCCCCCUCCUCCACCACCUGGGCCACCACCUCCCCCUGCACACAAGGCCUCUGGUCCACCACCAAAGUCCUCUGGUAAACCAUCAGACAGGGGGGCCCUGCUCAGCCAGAUACAUGGAGGAGCCAAGCUUAAGAAGACAGUGACCAAUGACCGCAGUGCCCCAGUGUUCCUGCAUUUCACUCAACCAGUAACCUGUUUUGUGUUGUAUUUAGGAGCCAAAGGACCAGCUAUGAAACCACCAGGCUUCAAACCACCUUCACCAAACAAUUCCAGUUCAUCACUACCUCCUGCUCCAGGCGGUAAUUCAAGACCACUCCCUCCUCCACCGGGUAAAGCUCCAGGCUUUGCUCCUCCGCCACCACCCCCAUCUAUGAAGCCAUCAUCAUCUGACAACUCUAGGCCUCUUCCACCACCUCCAUCAGGAACUGGCUCAAGACCUUUACCAGCGCCACCACCAGGGGGUGGACAAAGACCACCAGCUCCACUACCAGGGGGUGGACAAAGACCGUCAGCACCAAUGAGGCAAGGUCCUCCACCUCCACCCCCUGGACGAGGAGGGGGGCCUCCGCCACCACCACCAUCUUCAACUCCAAGAACAACUGCACCUCCACCUCCACCGCCUAUGAGAAGUAAUCCAAAUGUGGCUUCUUCACAACCUCCUACCCCAAGAGGAGGUCCACCACCACCUCCUCCGUCAAGGGGUGGCCCACCACCUCCACCUCCAAGUAGGGCACCUCCACCACCAUCAUCAAGGCCACCAUCACAAGCGCCUCCACCACCACCUCCCAAUAAAAUUCCCCAGAAGGGGAGUUCUGGACUACCGCCAAGUCGAGGAUCAGCUCCUUUGCCUCCCUCUCCAGUAGGAGGGCUAGGACCGCCUCCUCCACCUCCGUCUAGAGGUACAAUGGAGACUAAGAGAUCAGGGCUUCCGCCUCCACCACCACCUGCAUCAUCCAGUAGAUCAAAUAACAUGAUGAACGGACCAACUAGAAAUUCACUUCCACCUCCUCCCCCAGAGGCAAUGACAAGCGUAUUUGAAGAGGACUUUGAAGCAAGAUUUUCAUUUAGUUCAGAUCUACCUCCACCAGAGCCUUAUGUAGAAACAGCAAAAACAUAUCCAAGUAAAAAUCCAAAGAAGAGUGGUGGUGCAAAGUCUUCUGGAAAUCCUCCAAGUGGGGUGAGAGCUAACCCACCUCCACCUCCUCCAUCAAGAGGCGCUCCACCUCCACCACCACCUCCUCCAAGGAGAUAAGGCAUGAGGCAUUUGUCAAAGUUUCAUAGCAAUUCUAGGAGGACCAAUUUUUUAUGAUAAUAAUUAUUAAUAACAUUGAUCCAGAUUUGUGGACAGUAUUUGGUGGUCUUUAUACUAAAGACUUGUUUCAUAGUCGUCACUUCUUAAACCUUAUGGCUUGGCAAGGUUGGACAGGUUUAUCGACAUUUUUCAACAGUUAUUGACAAUCUGUUAUCAAUAGAGUAUGGAAUACACAUCUAUAGACCAAUCACACUUGUGAAAAUGAAAUUAAUGUUUUGUAUUUUUUCUUUGCUGUAUAUGAAGAGGGUGUAGCACCUUUUAGUUAGAUUUCCUUGUUAGAAGUGGUAGAAACGAGGAAAGUGUUACAUGUAUUGCAGUAUGAAACUUGUGCCAUAUUAAUUUUGUGGUUGAAGCAAUAGUGUCGAUUAUUUCAAUAACUAAUAAUAAUUAAUAAAACAUGCAUUUUUGCAGUAGUUAAUGACAUUUUUUGUUGUCAUUAUUAUUGAAUGUUUAAUUAUCAUUUUAGAAAUAAAAGACACUGUCUUGGAGAAAGAAAAAAACAUAACAAAAUAAAUUUUAAUCUUAUUAUUUCUUUGGAGUAGACAUGUAUUUCUGUAUAAUUUAUCCUUAAUAAUAAUAUUGACAGCACUAUAUACAGUGGAGUAAUGCCUUUUUAUUCAGUGUCCCUUCUUUGUAAAUAAAAUGAAAAUUUGA